AAAAAUUGGUGUUUGAUUAUCUAAUAGUGCUUGAUCGGAAAUAAAUAUUCUGCAUCAUAUUUAGUUAUUAACAUCAAGAACUGAUUGCAUCAUGGUAAUGAGCUCCCUUAGUUGUUACUGAUGUUAUAGUUGUUAGUUGUUGUCAGGUGUUUUGUAAGUAAUCCAAAAGCAUGGACCCUGGUAGUAGUUAUUCGCUUAUAAUGCAUGGAGUGGGUGGCAAGCAUUAUUUCAUCUGCUUUUAAGUUCCUUUUAGCCUUAUAAAAAUAAUUAAAGAUCAAAUGGGAUCUUUGAGAUGCCAAUUUUUAGCUGAAUGUUUGAUUAAAAUCCUGUUGUUUAGUCCCCAAUAAUGUAGAUAUCACUUAUUGUGAGAGCCUAGGAGUACUGCCUGACUGUGCUGACUUGAAACCAUAUUACAAUCUUAAUGUGCAGAAUUUGUUAAUCUUAUACAGGUCUGGAUGGUUAGGAUUAUCAGCAAGUUCUAAAAAAAUGACUGGUGGAUAUUUCAAAAACCUAGGUUUCGAUGCAUGGCAUAAAAUGGAGUACACUGUGCCCUUUUUUCCUUUGGAUAACAAAUAGAGUCGUCGUCGUCAUCAUUAUCAUCAUCAUUAUUUUUAAAAAUGCAUGUGGUGUUAUAACAAGGUGGAGGAAUUGUAUUCACUGGACCUUGACUUUCUGAACAAUCUACGGCCGGUCUAUGGGCUGAUAUUCCUUUUCAAAUGGCGACCUGGCGAAAAAGAUGAUCGGGUCGUAAUAAAGGAUCCAAACCCAAAUCUAUUUUUCGCCAGCCAGGUUAUUAACAAUGCUUGUGCAACUCAAGCAAUCCUUUCUAUUCUGAUGAACUGUCCAGACAUCGAUAUUGGCCCAGAACUGUCGGUGUUAAAAGAAUUCACCAAGAAUUUUCCACCAGAACUCAAAGGCCUGGCUAUCAACAACAGUGAAGCUAUUCGAGCAGCACACAACAGCUUUGCAAGGCCUGAGCCUUUUGUCCCUGAAGAGCAGAAAGCUGCAGGGAAAGACGAUGAUGUCUACCAUUUCAUAAGUUACAUACCUGUGGAUGGAGUUCUGUAUGAGCUUGAUGGGCUGAAGGAAGGCCCUAUCAGCCUUGGGCAAUGCCCUGGUGGAGAAGGAGACAUGGAUUGGCUACGGAUGGUGCAACCAGUGAUACAGGAACGGAUUGAUCGAUACUCUCAAAAUGAGAUAAGAUUCAAUCUUAUGGCGAUUAUAAAGAAUAGGAAGGAGUUGUAUACAGCUGAACUUAAGGAGCUCCAGAAGAAGAGGGAGCAUCUUCUGCAGCAAUUGAAUGAUCAUAUGAUUACAGGUAACAAGCAAAACCCUGCUGUCGAGGCAAUAAAUAAAGCACUUGCGGAGGUGGCCUCUGGGAUAGAAAAUGCAACCGAGAAGAUACUAAUGGAGGAGGAGAAGUUCAAGAAAUGGAAAACAGAAAACAUACGGAGGAAACACAAUUACAUUCCGUUCUUAUUCAACUUUCUGAAGCUUCUUGCAGAGAAGAAACAAUUGAAACCUCUGAUUGAGAAGGCGAAGCAAAACUCAUGUAGUCCUAGAUGAACAUUUUGCGAUGUGGGAUUCUCCAGAUGACAAAGUGUUACUAAUGGUUGCUAGGAAAGUUGUACCAGUGUCUCCUUUUUUUUUGUUGUGCAGUCUUAUGGUAAAGGUUCGAGAUUGCAGGAUAUUCAUGUUCGAACAUUUAUUUAUCUACUCAGAGAACUAAAUCACUUUGUGUUCAUGGCAAAUUGUGGUCUAUGAACUUGGUUAAGCCAUUCCAAGUUGAUUCCAGGAGCUUCUGAAACUGGUAUUAAUGUAUACUACCUAAUGGAACCCCGCCAAAACCGUUACAAUGACCAUUGUUUGAUAUGGAAAUUCUUUCA